UAUGGAGUGAUGAACAGGAAUAAAACAUGUGAGUUAAAUUACAGAAAGGUGCAUGACAUUUGUCACAAUUGUCAGAAACGGAGGAGAAGAAUCGAGGCAAGCGAGUUUUGGAGAGAUGAACCCCAAAGAGAACUUUAAACGGUAUGAGUGAAAGUUCAGCAGCCUGGAAGGAAAACCGGGAAACUAAAACUUUGGCACGGUGUCUAAUUUGAAAGUACCGGAAUAGGUGAGAAGAAGGGACAUAAAAUUCUUGUGAAAGGUCUGUGAAGCAGAGAAAGAUACCUUCUUUGUAAAAAUCAUUAAAACAUGUCAGACCUUUAUUAACAAUUAGUGAGGAUAGGGAACAGGAUCAUCCCUCUAACUUGCAUGGACUAGGUUAUUUCCCAUUAAAAGCAGAAUAUUUUAAUAUUUAAAGCCUGCCUUGUGAUUUGUGAAAUCUUGUUUGAGUUGAAUUGACGCUUUCACAAGGCACUUUGGCAACCAGACUCACAUUGUUUUGCACUUCCUCUGUUGUUCAGUGGUAACCUCUUCAAGAGUGAAAACCACGAGCACCAUAAAAAGCUCUUCCACUCCAGGUAAUCUAUCAGUUCUUCAGAUCUCCCUACCACCUGCAGCUCAGCAGAGAGCCAUGCAUGCUGGUUACGCCAACGAAGCGUCCCCUGGACAGCCUGGGGCUCCCACAGGAGUUCAGCACAUCGUUGUGAACGUCCCCAUUGAGCGCACAAACGAUUAUCUGGUCUGGUCGCUCUGCACCUUCGUCUACGCAAAUUUUUGCUGUCUUGGAUUGGGGGCUCUCAUCUGUUCUGUCAGGGCCAGAGACCGCAAGGCGCUUGGGGAUCAGAACGGAGCCCAACGUCACGCCUCCUCUGCUCGCAUUUUCAACAUUGUGGCCUUGACUCUGACGUCUUUAACGCUCUUUACUUACUUUGUGGUGCUCAUUGCUGAGGCUGCACGAAGAUGAAGUUACGGAUCCUACAAUCUCGAUUAACCAGCUUUCAUAUUGUAUGAAGAUGAUUUGAUCUGCACCAUGUCUUGGUUGUUGUUCUGCUUUUGCUCUGGUCAAAAUAAAACAGUUAAAGUCUGCUUAUGUCAAA